CUAGCGAGCCUCGGCGCGCUCGUCCUUGCUACGCAUGCGCGUCGUCAUGGCAACCAGGGCAAUCGCGUUGCCAUUUCCGGUUCCUCGGUUUGUCGCCGUUCGAAGCGAGCCCGCGAGCGCGCGAGCCCUUGUUCCUCUUGUUUGGAUCUGCUGUCAACAUGAACGUAGACGCUCAAACAAAGAAAAAAAUAGCAGCUGUGCUCCUGUGGCGCCGAAUACAGCGCCGGAGGAGGCGUACAAUGUAUGUGCGCGACAUCUUCAACAAGCGAAAAGUGCUCGGCGAGUUCUACCACCUUGUACAAGAGCUCCGAGAAUCCGACCCCGAGUACCACUUUCAAUACUUCAGGAUGACCAAGUCUUCGUUUGAUGAUCUGCUCGGGCUCGUGUACGAUCGGCUUGUCCACGCGCCCACACAUCGUUCUCCGAUCUCUCCCGCUGAGCGUCUGGCCAUCACGCUCAGGUUCCUUGCAUCACCUGGCACCCUGGGCUCUGUAGCGAUAAGCUAUCGUAUGCAGAAGUCCACACUUUAUGGCAUACUUAAAGAGACGUUGCCUGCCAUAUGGGAAUGCCUCUCGCCAGUGGUGCUAAAAGCACCUACACCGAAGCAGUGGGAAGCGAUCCGGCAGGAAUUUGAGCAAAAAUGGAAUUUUCCUAAUGCAAUUGGUUCCAUUGACGGCAAACACUUCGCCACCAGAUGCCCGCCCCAUUCCGGUUCCUUGUUUAACAACUAUAAGAAAUUCUACAGCCUAAUCCUACUGGCUGUAGUUGAUGCCCGCUACCGGUUCACGCUGGUGGACAUAGGUGCAGCUGGCCACCAGUCUGAUGGUGGAGUGUUGAAGGAGUCGAACAUUGGAAAAGCCCUAACUGCAAACACUCUCGGCAUCCCAGCUGUUCAGCGGCCUGCACCACCCCUGUGCCUCUUGGGGGAUGAGGCCUUCCCACUGAAGACUUAUAUUAUGCGCCCUUUCCCUGGGAGAGGCUUAGACAGGAGAAAGAAGGUGAAUAACUAGAGGCUUUCUCGGGGUAGGCGCACUGUAGAAAAUGCCUUCGGGAUUCUCGUCGCCCGGUGGCGUACGUUCCUGGCCCCCAUGGAAGGCAAGCUAGAACAUUGUGAAAAUAUGAUCAAGGCAGGGGUUUGCCUCCAGAACUUUUUAAUGCAAGACGACGCCUAUUGCCCUUCCGGCUAUGUAGACAGUGAGAGCAGGGGCGUCCGAGUGGACGGCGCGUGGCGAACCGAGGUGGCAGCCGUUGGAGCCAACCGUAGCCUGGGUGGCAACAGCAGCCCUACUGCUCUGGAUAUAAGGGAACAGCUGGCCGAUUACUUUAUCUCUCGCAAUGGUUCCCUUCGAUGGCAAGAUAAUGUUGUGUCUACAGAGUGAUUUUGGUUCUCUGCAAAAGUUUUUGUUCAUGUGCCUAGUUUGGCUUAUAUUUUUGUUUUCUCUAGAUUUUCCAUUUGUGCCUUGGAUGUGUUGAAGUCGUAGUGCAUUGCGCUCAAUUAAGUGGUCAAAGGCACAGUUUCUGACCUAUUUCGUGAUUCAAAAAUGUUAUUAGAGCUAUGUAUUAUGGGCUUCCUAUAAAUCUUAGGCAUCAGAGGUUGAAUGGGGGUAUGCGUGUAUAUAUAAAA